CAGAAAUAUUUGAAUAUUUUUUAUAUUUUUUCAGGAUGUCGUCCGGAAGAUGGUGUCAGGGAUAUGAUUAUUAUUAGUGAUAUUGAUGAAAAUGGAAUAAAAAUAAAUUUAAAAACCAGAUAUAACAAGGACCAGAUUUAUAAACAUGUAAAAGAAUACAGUGGUCAGAAACUAAGUCAAGUUGAACCUCAUGUCUUCGCUAUCACAGAAGCAGCAUUUCAAAAUUUAUGUAAAUCUGAUGAUAACCAAUCGUGUAUCAUCGCAGGGGAGAGUGGUGCUGGGAAGACUGAAACAACCAAGUUUAUAUUACAAUAUUUAUGUUCAGUUACCAAUCAUACUUCUUUCUGGACUGAACAACAGAUUCUUGAGGCCAAUACAGUUCUCGAAGCUUUUGGAAACGCAAAAACAGUCCGAAAUGACAAUUCCAGUCGUUUUGGUAAAUUUAUGCAAGUGUGUUUCGAUGACAGUUCCCAAAUUAAGGGCUGCAUUGUUCAAGACUAUUUACUGGAACAAUCAAGGAUCACGUUUCAAUCCGCAAACGAACGUAACUAUCAUAUCUUUUAUCAGUUGACAGCAGGAGCCAAAUCGUGUCCAGAACUCGCGAAACAGUUUCAUAUCGGACCACCAGAGUCAUAUGCAUAUCUGAAUCAGAGUGGAUGUUAUAAACUAGGGGGUGUGGACGAUUCGACGGCCUUCGAUAGUUUACGAUUAGCAAUGAAUGUGAUAAACAUACAACCUGAAAUGGUUGAUGGGAUAUUUGGUGUCAUGUCAGCCAUUUUGUUACUAGGGAAUUUAAAAUUCGAGGAUGUGGAAGGAGAAAAGAGUGAUUUUACGCCGGAUGAUAAAGUUAUUUUAGAAACGGUGUGUGAAUUAUUAGGAUUCGAACUUGAUGCCUUAAUGGAAGCCUUACUAUUCCGUCAGAUUCAAGUUCGUGGAACUAUAACAAGCAUUCCCUUUAAAAUUCAGGAAUCAAUUGAAAACCGCCAUGCAAUGGCUAAAGCCUUAUAUUCCCGAACGUUCGCCUGGCUAGUUGAUGCUAUUAAUAAAUGUACUAAUCCAGGACAAAACCAACUAAGAUUUAUUGGAAUUUUAGAUAUAUUUGGUUUUGAAAACUUUCAGACGAAUAGUUUUGAACAGUUAUGUAUCAACUACACAAACGAGAAAUUACAUCGAUUUUUUAAUCAUUAUGUAUUUGCCUUAGAACAAGAAACAGUAAAAGAGAUAGAAUUUGCUCAUAUAACAUUUACUGAUAAUACUAAAUGUGUCGAGUUGAUAGAAAAGCCUCCACGAUGUAUUUUAAAGAUUUUGGAUGAAGAGUGUCGUUUUCCACAGGGAACUGAUAAAUCAUACUUAGCCAAACAGCACACUGAGUUCGAGGCUCACGAAUGUUACAUUAAGGGUCAAGAUCGACGGACAUGGACGAAGGAAUUUGGUAUCCAGCAUUACGCAGGGGCUGUUAUAUAUAAUAUUAAUGGCUUCCUGGAUAAAAAUAAAGACACACAACAAGAUCAGCUGUUUGAACUGAUGCAUAAUUCUACCAAUGUGUUUGUUACUGAUCUUACCAGGUUUCAGGAUUUAUUGGGAGUAAGAUUAGAAGAUUUAAAAGGGAGACAAACCAUAUCUAAAACAGCUCGGGGUAAACCUACAGUAGGAGAUACAUUUAAACAUCAGUUAUCUGCCCUUGUGGACGUUCUCGACACAACAAACCCUUGGUAUGUUCGAUGUUUGAAGCCAAAUUCUAAGAAAGUAGCCAAUGAUUUUCGAGAUGAAGAAGUGUUAUCUCAGUUAAGAUAUUCUGGAAUGUUGGAUAUUAUUAGAAUUAAGAGAGAGGGUUAUCCAGUCCACGUGCCGUUAGAAACCUUCCUAGCGAAGUAUAGUAUAUUGUUGAAGAAUAUGAAAGUAGAUGAAGAGAACCCUGGUAGAUCUUGUCGUCAAGUCUUAGACUUACUGAAUUUACCUUCAACAGAUUGGCAGGUUGGAAAAACAAGGGUGUUUAUGAGAACCAGUGUAUUUGAACCUUUGGAAGAAAAACGCCAAGAACUAUUGAUAGAGAAAGUUACGAUUAUACAGAAAAUAUGGCGGGGAUACGUCAAACACAGAGAUUAUUUACAUAUGAGAGAGGCGGCCAUCAUCAUACAACAGAAUUUCCGAGCUUUACGAUACCGUCUGGCAUUUGUUAGAAAACGUAAAGCAGCCAUUGUCAUACAGUCGUAUAUUCGUGGUACGUUGGCACGGAAAGUAGCGUCUGGAUUGAGAACUCAGAAACGUUUAGAAGAAGAGAGACGAAGACAGGAAGAAAUGGAGGCUGAGAAAUUGAAAGUACAACAGGCCGAAGCUGAUGAAACCGCCAUCGAAGAAACAUUAAAGGAAUCUCAAGAGGAGCUAGAAUCUCUAACUAAUAUGAUCGAAUCGAUGUGGUCUCAAUAUAAACCUCCUGUCUCCCCUAACAACAUGGACCUGGAUCAGAUGUUUAGUUUCCUGACAGAACAGAAGAUAGAACUCAAACAGCAGAUCAACGAGAAGGAGAAGGCGCUAAACCAGAUCAAUCAACAGUUUCAGGAACUUGAUGAUCUCUGGAAGGAGGCUGACGCUUUGGUGAGAGUGCCAUCCCCUCCACCACCCCCAGGGCUACCAGGAGUGCCACCAGCUCCCCCUGCUCCUGGAGGGCCUGUACCUCCACCACCCCCCUUACCUGGAGGAGGGCCACCAGAGGGAAUCAAAUUAACACCGUCUCCAACUCAAUAUGAAUCCAUAGAGAAAUUCUCAAAAACUGUACCCACAAGUGGACCACUGUCUCGUCGCCCUGAAUUCAUCAUUCCUCCUCCUCCAUCAUUCCCACCACCCCCAGUCCCCGACGAGAACGCCCGACCGGUGAGCUUCAUGCAAGUCAAUGAGCUGUCUCCUGAAACUCAAGACAAACUAUCCAACAUGAUGCAGAACCCCAAUAUGCAGAACCUGAUGAGUCCCCAGUCCAUGGGAGAUUCGGUCUGCUCUCUGCCUGAACCUGAAGCUGUGUAUGAUAUGCUUGAGUAUGCUGAGAAGUAUUUUAAUAAUCACGUACGAGAUUAUGGUGGCACUAUCAUGAAAAGUUUGAAGAAAAGGCGGCAAUCAGCUACAGAUGUGUUAUCUAAAGAAGAAAUGUUAAGAUAUUGUAAAAGUGGUUUAAUACCAACAUCUCAUAUACAUCUACAUGAUGCUGAGAAUAUCCAUCAAGCUUGUAAUAUAUUUAAGGAUAUCACUAAGUAUAUUCGAGAUGAAGCGAAAGAAGAUUCGUCCGUGACGACCAUACAACAUAUUAUAAAAACAGGAUUAGAACGUAUCGAGCUACGAGAUGAAAUCUUCUGUCAGCUGAUCCGACAGACCAAUGAAAACCCUGAACCAGAGUCACUUCGUCAAGCCUGGGUUUUAAUGUGUCUCUUCAGUGCUUCUUUUGCUCCCAGUAAAAACCUUCAUAAAUAUAUGUUAUCGUAUGUAAAGAAAUCGUGUUUUGAUAAAAAUGUUGGUAAAUAUGCUCUGAUGACCCACAAUCAUUUAACGAUACCUCGUGCCACGUCUAGAAAAUAUCCUGCUUCUUCCAUUGAAAUUAUGAGUGUUCAAUCACUAGCACCUAUUGUGUGUAAAGUAUUUUUUAUGGAUGGUAAGACGAAGGCUGUUAGUAUGAUGCCCUGUGAUACAGCUACAGAUGUUUUAGAGAAGGUGGCUAGAAAAAUUGGUUUAAAAUCUGUCGAAGGCUGGGCUAUUUAUGAGUUAACGAAUGAAUAUGAAAGGUUUAUAAGAAGUUAUGAAUAUAUAGCUGAUAUAAUGGCACAAUGGGAACUUCAAGAUAGAGUAGCAGCUAAACCUAGUCAUUAUGAAACAAUAUCUAAAAAAGGACCGAAGUUGGCUCUAGGUGGAGCAGACGCGAAGAUUAUGUUUAGAAAACGAGUUUAUAAACAUGUACACGACAUUCCUAACGACCCUAUAGAAUAUCAUCUUCUAUAUGCUGAGGCUGUUUAUAAAGUUGUGAAGAUGGAUGAGUUUUCUAUAUCUGAUAAAGUAGCAUUACAACUGGCGGGGUUACAGGCUCAGGUCAUCUGGGGAACUUAUGAAGAAGAUAAACAAUUCAGAUAUGGUGAAGCUGACCAAUAUUUAUGUAAAAGAAUUUUGGCCUCCUCAGGUAGAAACUGGUCAAAAGAAGUUGCAAAAGCUCACAAGCAUUAUGGUGAUGGUAAAAGUACCCUGGAAGCUCAAGUCUGGUAUUUAACGUGUGUCAAACAAUUUCCCUUAUAUGGAUGUACCAUGUUUCCUAUUUUACACAAAGGAUUGUGGGCUCAUUCUAGUGACGCUUUACUAGCAAUUAAUAUGGACGGAAUUAAAUUUGUGCGUGCGAAGGACAAAAUGGUGCUACAUGAUUUUAAAUAUUCACAAAUUGAAUCUAUUUAUAUCGAUCCGAACGACAACUAUAUUACGUUAGAACUUCAAGAUAAAAUUGAAACAGAUUGUCCACAAAGAACGUUUAUGUUCGAAACGAACCAUAAAGAGGAUGUCGGCCAUCUUGUAGCCAGUUAUUCGCCCCAUCAUGCAUCUUGGAUGAAGGCAGAUUAUGAAAGUUUGAAAAAGAUAAAGAUGUCCGAUGAAGAGAAAUUAAAACUAUAUGAAGAGUUAGUUCGAUGUCGUAAAUUAUUAUCAGAGAGUAGAUUAUUACAGAGACCAAUCACUACAGCUGAUACUGGCUUCUUUAAAAAUACACUUCGAAGGUUAACCAAGUCUAAAAUGGACAGAUUACGGAACUACGCAGCUGGUGAUACUGGUCAAUUUGACGUGAAUUAUUGGUCAUAUACUAAAUUACCUAUAAAACAGAGUUUAACGUUAAUACACGACCCAGCGAUGGAGGAAGUUGCCAUCAAGAUGUUUACUUCUAUUUUAAUUUAUACUGGAUAUGAAGAAUCAGGUAACAACAAUGAUAACUAUGAUCAUACUGGAAUGAUUCAAAUCGUCAUGACAAAAUGUCUAGAGAGUGACCACGUCUGUAACGAGUUUUAUUUACAAUUAAUUAAACAGACUACAGAUCAUCCAGAUCCCAACAGUUAUGUAAAUAAACGAAGUUGGCAGUUGAUGGCCGUUACCACAAAUAUACUUCCUCCCCCAAAUACACGAGUUCAGAAAUAUUUACAAGUUCAUCUUAAAAAGUGUUCGAUGGAUUCUACGACAGAGGAGGGCAAAUACGCUAGAUACAGUUAUAAGUGUCUUUCAAGAACGUUAGAAAAGAAACGCAGGAAAUUUCCUCCUUCAACAAGAGAGGUUGAAUGUGUCAUACACAGAAAACCAAUCACAGAGAAAGUAUUUUUUAUGACUGGUGAAAGUAGAGUGAUAGAAUUUGAUUCAGCUGCUAGCUGUACGGAGGUAAAUAAAACAAUAAAGGCUAAGAUUGGAAUGAGAUCUGAUGCUGAGUGUUUUGCUCUGUAUGAGUUAAUGAGUGGUUCAGAACGAGCAAUGGCUACUGAUGAAAGAUUAUCUGAUACGUUGAGUAAAUGGGAGAGGUUGUCUCGUAGUGGAGCUAUGGCCAAUGCUGCUUUCUCAUUGCACACUGCAUGGAUUAACAUGCCCUAUAUUUAUUAUUUUAUAUUACAGAAAAGAUUAUUUAUUGAACCGUAUAUUAAUCCUAAUGAUCCUGUCGAGUGUGAUCUGGUUUUCAAUCAACUGAUAGAGAGUGUGUUUGAACAGAGGGUACCUCUCUCCAUGCAAGAUGCAGUUCAUUUAUGUGCCUUUAAAGUACAAUCUGAGAUAGAAGAUAUGAAAACUGGUGAUAUAGACUAUAGGUUGGUAGACUCUGUGACUAGAAUUUUACCACGAGAUAUGAGACCAACAGUAAAAAUAGAAGAUAUUGCCACCACUCAUAAAACAAUCUUAGAUUUAAGUCCACAACAAGCUGUUCUAGGUUUUAUCAAUACCUUAAAAUCCUGGCAUUUAUUUGGUGCUGCAGUGUUUGAAAUAGGGCAAACCUAUACAUCAAUGUUACCUAAGAACCUCCUACUAGCUGUCCAUCAGAAAGGUAUCCACCUUCUAGAAACCAAAACUUUUAAAGUCCUGGGUGCCUACCCAUAUUCAGAUAUCGCCCAUUCUAGUCCUGCUAUUAAAAGUAUUAUGAUUGUGAUAGGUCACGUUGCCAAGGGAACCAAAUUUAUGUUCAACACCAAUCAAGUAAGUUAA